GAGUGAGCCCUGUCUUUUACACAAUUUGGAAUGAGGGGGAGCAUACCUCGACCCCGACGGAGGAGGCAUGUGUGCGCAUUUAGACCGCUCAGUGUACAUCGUGGAAUUUCAAAACCGUUACUUUACAAGAACGCUCCUCAACUAUCCUGUUGAAACGGAUCAAUGGUAUAAACUCCACUUGUUUUUUUUUCUUUACCCGAGGGAGUUUUAAUUUUAGUAACCAGUAGCCCUGUGUGUGAGACUGUAAUCCAGCCGUCCGCACGGAAAGGAAGUUCGGCUACUGUUGACUUUUGCCUCUUAGAGUAGCCUAACCCAAACCAGGUGAAGUCGCCCCCCGGGUGCUCGGCCAGCGCUCGGAUAUAGUGGAAACCCUCUUUGUAGUCUGUAACCUAUUUCAGGGUCUGAAGUCUUGGUGAAGUUCUUCAUUUUUCUAACUUCAGUUUGGCUCUAUCUGUGUCUGACGGGAUGUUUUCAUGCGUUGUGCCUUUGGUUGUGGAUGGGAAUGGCAGUUUUCUGACAGCGCGCAGUAGCAGAGUCUGAUCUAUGAUGUUCUGCUUCUCGAGAAUGUUUUUAAUGAUCUGAGGGGCACUCUUCCCCAAAGGAAGCGAGAGGGGAAACUUUCCCCAUCUCUCUCGGAACUCCAGUGUUCAAGGAUGUGAUAGUUGGACUGUGGCCCACUUUGAUCUAACUUAAUUCUCAUGAAUAACGGAAUAACAACGUUGGGGAAAAGGUUUUGUUUGUUUGUGCCAGCUCACAAAUGAUCACUCGAGUUUGUCAUAGUGACGAUUCUUGGACACCGUGGACCCCCCUCUGAAAUACCAACCAGGUCAUAUUUGAAAGAUAAAAUGCGGCAUAAUGUUCCAGGUCUUUGUGUAUUCCUGAAGUGCGUGUUUCUACAGAUAGCGCCGCUGCUCUGUGUUCCUUCUAUCUGGCCGGGAGAGCGGCCAGAGUGGUGUGAGGUCUGAGUGGGACGCGGAGAAGAAAUAGGCUAAAUAUCUUCCCUCAUGGUAUGCCUUUAUUCUUCUGCCAGCAAAGUUGGGAGUGAAACGGGAAUGUUUCUUCGGCGGCUCUGGACGCUCCGCCGCAGGUAUUGCUCCGGACGGUUAUUGCUCUUAGGGUUCGCGGUGUGUCUUUUCUACCAGACCCUGAUGGUGGCACGGAGUCGGUUCAAAGGCGACCCACCUGCGGCUGACGAACGCAACAAGUCAACGAUGACUGAAGCGUUGGAAGUAUUUGAUGAACUUCUGCAGGACCCUGCGAGGCUUAUUUCUACCCUGGAGGCUUUGGAGAGGGACAGAUAUGGGUCCAUUCAGAACCAGGCUGGGCGGGUCACACAAGCCGUGGUGUUGACGGGUCAGCACGUAGCCGCGGAUACGGAGGUCCAGCUGUUCCAGCGCAUCCUGGAGCAGCGAGGCUACGAGGUCAGCCUGUCCCGAUACGCCGAGACUAACACCGCCCUGAGACACGACAACGGUGGCAGUGUGGAGUGGAGUUUGUUGUUGUGUCUGAGAGGUUCGGAGAAGAGUUGUCUGAGGAGAGUGUCCUUCUCCCAUCUGCAGCCCCAUCAGAGGGUCAACAUGAUACCUGGGCUGGUGGGUGCCUUCUCUGAUGUGGAUGGGCUCUGUCGCUUCCAGACAGACAGCCGGCUAUCAGGGCUGGCAUUACACAUAAAUCCAUCUGCCUGUGGAUCGGCCCGUACCAAACUGGGGUAUGUUCGUGAUGUGGCACAGGGUGAUUGGAACCCAGCUAUUCCCACACUUAAUUUGGUGAGCCCUGGCCUCGUUGCCACGGUGACAGUUUAUGUACUGGUCACCUCGGUAACGCCGCUCACAACCUUUCUUCAUCACACGGGCCUGGUCAGGACAAGCGAAGACACGGACAGCCACACCACACAGCUCAAGCCCUUUCUUCUCCAGCAGCUGGGUCCUGUUGCGUCCCAUGAGGCAUUGGACCAUGUGAAGGAGGUCAUAGGUCAGGUGUUGAGGGCGGCAGCAUUGACCAAUGAGGAGCCUAGCUCUCGGCACAGCUGGUGUCUCCUGUGUUUCCAGCUAAUGACAUUCACUCUUCAGUUCAGUGGUUCCCUUCUACCUGUCAUUGUGAAGGCUGAGACUGACCUGCACUUUGAUGGGCUGAGGGACCCAGGGUUUGACGGCCAGAUCACAAAAGAGUUCAUCCUGGAAGAUGCUCUUCUCUUCCUGCUCCCAGCACACAGUGGACAGGCCCGACAGAAGAGCCCUUCACACACCGAGACAGACGAUGGACAGAGGUUUGGUGGCUGUGGGGGACCAUACGGUCUCUGUCUGCCAGAACACCAGACUCUCCUCCUCCUCCAGUUCCUCCGUCAGCUGUGGACACCAGGGCCAUUUGAACUGCUUUAUCCUGCAGCUUCUCCAGAGCGCUCUCCUAUCCAAGACAUUCUGUUUCGGUCGUUCCCUAGAGCAGAGGAGUCUGGGAGUGGGCGACAUUUCUCAGCAUUGUUGGACAGAAUCUGUUCUCAUUAUACAGAGCAGAGGAACCAGACUUACAGGACCAACGAGGCAGAGACACAGACCGGGUGGGACCAACACUCAGGCUCCCAGGACCUCCCUGGAGACAGAGAGCGGUGUGUGGACCCCCACCUCAGACAACUGUACACAGAUCCCCCUCUGACCCUCAGCCCCCCCUUCAGUCCCUGGGUGAAGGACUACCGUGCUGAGGUCCCCUUUGACGUGGUGACCCUACGACUCCGCCCUGAGCCCAUCAGCCCAGCCUGUCACAUACACCUGGAUGAGCACAGAGGACCUAGAACGGCUAACUACCCGGUCGGCCUGGGCAACAGCAUAAUCAACAUCCUAGUGACGGACGAGUCGGCCGCCACAGAGCCCGUCGUCAUGACAAUAUACACUCUACACAUGUACCGCGAGAGUCGGCCUAGCCUGCCCAUGUUUGGGGAGCAUGUGAUGUGUGGCUUCGUGCAGGACUGUGGCCUGGUGGUGCAACCAGAUCAGCCCUGUGGUUUGGAGCCCCUUCCUGGGCCACUCUCUCCAGGCGAGCCCCAUUCCCCAAAGCGGCCCUGCACCUCCGGGGAUGUACCAGGUCGUUGGGUGGUUCCUUGUCUCAGCUGUGCCGACAACCGGACCUGUGACUGGAGAGAGGUUGCCUGGCAACCCGAGGGCUGUUACCACCCCUUGCUGGACCUCCCUCAGCUGCAGGACUGCAUGAUGUAUAGGAAGGUAAUGUUCAUAGGUGACUCCACUAACCGGGGGAUGAUGUACUUCCUGAUGGAGCGGGUCAACUCUAGUCUGGAGGACUGGGGCAAGGCCCACGACAGCCUGAUCUAUCGCAACGUCAAUCAGGGACACACACACGUCUCCUACUCCUACUACCCCCAGUUCUGGCUGGAGCAGAGCCACAGACCCACCUUCCAGAGGGCCCUGGAGCAGCUCAUACUGAGAUCACGACCCCUGGAGAACUCCCGUCAGACUGUGCUGGUGGCAGGAGGUGUCCAGUGGCUCAACACCAACCACCUGAGGAUCAUGAGAGAAGUGCUGGGGAGGGAAGGGCUACAGGAUAUCAUGGUGGUGGUGAAGUCUCUGGGCAUGGGCUUCCAUCUCCCUGUGGACGGCAUCCGCUCUCUCUCACUGAGAGGAGUACAGGAGCUAUACAGAGAGAACAGCAACAUCAUCACCGCCGCAAAGCACCAUGGGUAUGAGGUCAUAGACACAUUCAGCGUCACCAUGGGCCGCUACAAAGAGUUCCUGCAGGGACAGUGCGCCUGCCAUUUUCAUGAGGUUGAAAAGCUGCCGUUCUCCAAGGCUCCCCUGCACAGGAAGAUGAAGCUCCUUCGACACGGCGAGGAACCUGGGACUGGAACCAGUGGAACUGGAACCGGGUACAGUGAUCAGCCUACCCUGCAGCACCAGGACCAGUGGGGGGGGUCUAACUCCUCCACCUAUCAUGUGAGAGGAGCGGUGAACCAGGUGUACUCGCAGAUUCUGCUGAGCAGACUGUGUGUGAGAGACACGGGAAACUAGACCCAGCCCUCACCACCACAGACUGUGUGUGUGCCUGUGUGCUUGUGUC